UGCCAAAUCCGCCGUAUCGCCCAUUUCCGAGCAAUCACACACAGACGAAGCAGCAACAACCAACAGAGCACCACAGAGCACACAGAGCGAUGAGUGGUUUGAUUCGGCUGGCGACGAGGCGAACAGCCGUUGUGCCACGGCUGGCCGGUGUCACGGCACAGCGGGCAGCCAUGUCUGUUGAGAAGAAAUACGUGGACAACGUGGACUACAGAUAUGAGGAAAAGUCGUUUGAGGACGUGAUGGAGUCUGCGUCAAAGACGCUGUUCCUGACAGAGGUGCUCCGCGGCAUGGGCAUGACGCUGUCGUACUACUUCCGCAAGCCGGCCACAAUCUACUACCCCUUUGAGAAGGGCCCGCUCAGCCCCCGCUUCCGUGGCGAGCACGCCCUCCGCCGCUACCCAUCUGGCGAGGAGCGCUGCAUCGCCUGCAAGCUCUGCGAAGCCAUCUGCCCCGCCCAGGCCAUCACCAUCGAGACGGUGCCUCGUGAGGACGGCAGCCGUCGCACCACCCGCUACGACAUUGACAUGACCAAGUGCAUCUUCUGCGGAUUCUGCCAGGAGGCCUGCCCUGUGGACGCCAUUGUCGAGGGCCCCAACUUUGAAUACUCGACCGAAACCCACCAGGAGCUGCUGUACAACAAGGACAAGCUGCUGGCGAACGGCGACAAGUGGGAGGUUGAGAUCCAGAAGAACAUCGAGGCCGAGCACCUGUACCGCUAACACCGACAACCACAACCGCAAUUGCAGUUGGUCCAGCAAGUGCAAUUGGUUGUAGUUGCAACCAUAGCACGGGAGAAGCGGGAAAUCACACUGGCAUGUCAUGGGAUGAUGCGACACGACUUGUAGUGUGGCACACUCGCCAAGUGCUUCAUUCGUUGUUGUUUCUUCCUGUUCAACGGUGUUGUCCCUCUUCUUUUGUCUUGCCCUGCUUUGCCUUGCAUCGCCAUAUUCGCCAUGACAACCCUCGAUCCUCACCAUUCCCGCUGCACACCUCUCUGCGUUCUCUCGUGUACCUGCUCAAUUAAGCUUUCUCCCAGCGCGCUUUCAACCCCAUAUAGCCACAGCACCACAACCACGCGUGCGAUGAGAGCCGAC